UUGGCUUCAUGUCGCUGCCACUUAGACCGUCCGACAUUGCAGCAAAAAUCGGGGGAGAUACAGCUACAACGGUGAACAACAACACUCCAGACUUUGGGUUUGGGGGUCAGAAGAGACAACUGGAAGAUGGAGACCAGCCGGAGAGCAAGAAGCUGGCUGCCCAGACCGACUCACUAUCCACGCAGCUGGGACCGAUCCAUCCUCCUCCCAGGUCGACUGUUACUGAAGAGUACAGAGUGCCUGAUGGCAUGGUGGGACUCAUCAUUGGCAGAGGAGGAGAACAAAUCAACAAAAUCCAGCAGGACUCUGGCUGCAAAGUACAGAUCUCGCCAGACAGCGGUGGUCUGCCGGAGCGGAGCGUCUCCCUGACCGGGUCUCCAGAAGCUGUUCAGAAGGCGAAGAUGAUGCUGGAUGACAUCGUGUCGCGGGGCCGUGGUGGGCCCCCGGGCCAGUUCCACGACAAUGCCAAUGGGCAGAAUGGCACAGUGCAGGAGAUUAUGAUCCCGGCUGGGAAGGCAGGGCUGGUUAUUGGCAAGGGUGGGGAGACCAUUAAGCAAUUGCAGGAAAGAGCUGGAGUAAAAAUGAUUCUGAUUCAAGACGGUUCCCAGAACACCAAUGUGGACAAACCCCUGAGGAUAAUUGGGGAUCCUUACAAAGUACAGCAAGCCUGUGAGAUGGUGAUGGACAUUUUACGGGAGCGUGACCAGGGUGGCUUUGGUGACCGAAACGAAUACGGUUCCAGGAUUGGGGGAGGAAUAGAUGUCCCGGUGCCCAGACACUCCGUGGGUGUGGUUAUUGGCCGCAGUGGGGAGAUGAUCAAGAAAAUACAAAAUGAUGCUGGAGUUCGGAUACAAUUUAAGCAAGAUGACGGGACUGGACCUGAGAAGAUUGCCCAUAUCAUGGGUCCCCCGGACCGGUGUGAGCAUGCUGCCCGCAUCAUCAAUGAUCUUCUCCAGAGUCUCCGGAGCGGCCCACCAGGCCCCCCUGGCCCAGGGAUGCCCCCUGGGGGCAGAGGACGAGGACGAGGGCAGGGCAACUGGGGCCCCCCAGGUGGGGAGAUGACCUUCUCCAUCCCAACGCACAAGUGUGGGCUGGUCAUUGGCAGAGGUGGGGAGAAUGUCAAAGCCAUAAACCAGCAGACGGGGGCAUUUGUGGAGAUCUCACGGCAGCUGCCUCCCAAUGGUGACCCCAACUUCAAGCUGUUCAUCAUCCGAGGGUCCCCACAGCAGAUUGAUCACGCCAAGCAGCUCAUCGAGGAGAAGAUAGAGGGUCCUUUGUGCCCAGUUGGACCAGGACCAGGGCCUGGGGGGCCACCAGGACCUGCUGGCCCCAUGGGGCCUUUCAACCCAGGACCGUUCAAUCAGGGCCCUCCAGGAGCCCCUCCUCACCCUGGUGGUCCUCCUCCUCACCAGUACCCACCCCAGGGCUGGGGGAACACCUACCCACAGUGGCAGCCACCUGCACCUCACGACCCAAGCAAAGCAGCAGCGGCUGCAGCGGAUCCCAAUGCGGCCUGGGCAGCCUACUACUCGCACUAUUACCAGCAGCCCCCGGGCCCCGUGCCUGGGCAGCCACCGGCGCCUGCAGCCCCGCCUGUGCAGGGAGAACCCCCACAGCCGCCCCCAACUGGCCAGUCAGACUACACUAAAGCCUGGGAGGAGUAUUACAAAAAAAUAGGCUCCCUGACACACGUGCCUUUGCCUGCAGGCCAACAGCCCCAGCAGCCGGGGGCACCCCCACAACAGGAUUACACAAAAGCCUGGGAGGAAUAUUACAAGAAGCAAGCAGCUCAAGUGGCUACUGGAGGAGGUCCUGGAGCCCCACCCGGCCCCCAGCCGGACUACAGUGCGGCCUGGGCAGAGUACUACAGACAGCAAGCAGCCUACUACGGACAGACGCCAGGGGCCGCGGGCCCAGCCCCACCGCCCACACAGCAGGGACAGCAGGCCCAGUGAAUCGAAUGUGAACUCCCCCAUCUGUGAAACCCCUUUUGUUUUCAGAAGAGAUGCCACUGCAGUGGUGGUGAUGGCAGGGGGUGGGGCGGGGUGGGGGGGAAGCU